CGUCGUAGUGAUUGUAUAGUAAAACUUUUCAAAUCGUUUUGGAUGUGUUCUUCGUAUUGGAGGCUCGUGUGUCACAUUUGUAAAGCUAUUUGAAAAGAGAUUCACCAAAGACCACAAACAGUUCUCCGAGGACAUUCAGAGCAGGAAGACAUACACAAAAGAAUAAAAAUCUCAAAAUUGUAAUUAAACAAUACAGACAAAAAAGUUUUUAGAAGAAAAGCAAGAAAAAAAGGCUUUCAGAAAAAACAAUUAAAAGAAAAAAGUGAAAUUUCUAUAGUAUUCAAAGGAAAUUUGUUAUAAAAAAAAAACAAAAGAAAAGAGUAAUCCAUAAAUUUUUUGCAAAAAAAAAACAACAAUAACAAGCAGAAGAAAAGCAAAACUGCAAAAUAAUCUAAAAUUUGCUACAAGUGUAAUAAUUAUUGUGCUAUUAAACGUGUCCUAGGAAAUUUAAAUAAAAAACCCCCAAAAAAAAAACACAACAGGAAAGACAAAAGUCGAACUAAUUUAAAGCAUAAAAAUAAAGAAGAAGGAGCAGUAAGAAAAGAAAACAACCGUCAAAGCAACAAAUCGCAAAUCCCAAAGAACAAAAAACAAAAAAGCACCUGCAAAAAUGUUUUCCAAUAUCACAAAUCAAUUCACAUCAUUGGUGGGUGCCGUCAAGGGUGGCAACGAGGAAGAUGUUCCCGCCGAUGGAGCACCAGCAGCCGCACCAGCUGCUGCAGCUGAACAUCAGGAUCCAGCAGCAGCAACAGCUGAAGGAGCCGAAGGCGAGGAAGGUGCAAAGAGCUCCCCAUCUUUGGUAGACACCUUCAUUAAAGAAACUUCCGGUUGGUUAGGCAGUGCCAAAGGUUGGUUGGGCAGUGCCUCAAUACCCUCUAUGCCGGCCAUGCCUUCAAUGCCCACAAUGGCAAUGCCAUCGAUGCCAGCCAUGCCUUCAAUACCCUCUAUACCUGGUCUGCGCAAGGGUGGCGAAGAAGGUGCCGAUGGCGCUGCCGUUCCUGGUGCUGAAAAUCCAGCUGCCGGUUCUGUAGCCGGUGCUGAGGAUGAAGACAAAUCGAGGUAUCUUAGUGCCACGGAAGGUGCUGAUUCACUUGCAGCAUCCGGUGAUGAGGCUCAACUGGGCGAAGAGGGUCAAAUUGGACAGGGUAAGGGCGAUGAUGUAAAAAUUACCACAAAGGUAACACAACAGGCCAAACAUUUUGGCUCAUUUUUGUCAUCUGCUUUCACUGAAGCUGGUUCAAAGAUCAAAGAAACUGUUAAGAAGAAUCCCAUUAUGGAAUCAUUUAACAAAGAGCAAGAAGCCUUCAUCAAGGGCCAGGCUGGCGGUAAUGGCCAGGCUGUUGCUCCCUGGGUUGGUCUGACCAAUGAGGCCAAAAUCAAGGAGGAGAUCAUGGGUCUCUCACAGGACAGACGUAAUUUUGUACGCGCACCACCAGCUGGUAUUGAUUUCGAAUUCAACUAUGAUACCGCCUAUCCUACCGCCAAUGCCAUCAUGGAAGAGGACAAGAAUCUGGAAACAAUGCGCUUUGAAUUGGUACCCAAAAUCAUCACUGAAGAAAACUUCUGGAGAAAUUAUUUCUACCGCGUUUCGCUUAUCAUUCAAGCCGCUGAAUUGGGUACUCUGGGUGAAGAUGGUGUUGCACAAGCCUCAAGUGGUGAAGAUGUUAAAGUUUCCCAAACAAAAGAAACUUCAGCUUCAAAUGAUAAAUCCCUUGUGAAAUCUGAUCAAACAUCAUCAUCCAAAAAUGAUGCCUCCUCCUCCUCCUCAAAGUCAGAGACUACUGGCAAUUUGUGCAUUACCCAAGAGCCUCAAAAGGCUGUGCGUUUAGCAUCAACCUCCGAGUCAGAGUUUGUUUCCGAUGCCUUCCAAACGACCACAGAUAGUGAUUUGGAAGAAAUUAAAGAUGGCAUGCGCAAACUCGGCAUCGAUAGUAUGACCCAACAAUUACAAACCUCUACGAAUGUCUUGAGUAAUGAUGAGGAGCAAUGGGAAAAGGACCUGGAGGCCGAACUCAAAGACUAUGAAGUUGUUGACAAUGCCAAUAAAAAGUCCCAUGCUACAAACUCUCAAAACGCUGGCGGCAACGAAGAAGGCGACGACGAUGAACUGCCUUCCAUAUCGAACAUGCGCAUGCGUACGUCCAACAACGAUUGGGAGGAAUAUGCUGAUUUAAUUGAAGAUACCGAUGAUUUAAAGUAAUUAAGAGCUUAUAUCGUAGUUUUUUCUAAGUUCUAACUAAGUGACAUUUUUGAGAAAAACAAUUUUCACAUGUGUUUUUUCGUCUUUUCUUAACUUCUUUUCUUUUGAUUUCUUUUCUUUGGUACAAUUUUCUGUUUUGGCCUACCUCUAAAACUACCUACAAAUACGAAAACAAACAAUGUUUGUGUUAAACUUAAAAUCAAUGUAUGUAUGUGUGUGUGUUUAACUUUUUUUACUUUAUAUGGAUUUGUGAUUUUUUUAUGAAUAUUUGUAUGUGUGUGUGUGUGCCUUGUGUUCAUAUAUAACAAGAACUUUGAAAAGUUUAAAACGUGUCAUGCUGGGCUAUCAAUGAGAUCAGGCCUUUUUUACCUUUUUCUAGUAUUUAAGGUAACAUUACACACAAACCAAAAACACACAUUCCUUUGAGUAUAAAAUUUUGUGAUUUUUGUUAAAAGUGUUCCGCAAAAAAAAAACUUACCAUAUAAGCCUCAAAUAUAAAUA